AUGUUUAAAAGUUUUAAAAACAGUGAGUUAGCAAUUAUAGCGCUUGCGUUAGAAGAAGAAGACGAGAAAUGGAGAAGUGAACAUAAAAGAAAGAAAAAAAUGUGGAUACACAAUGCAUGGAAGUCAAGAACCAUUGAGGGGGAAUUUUUCACGUUGUUACCUCAUCUAAUGGAUGAUGAAACAAAGUUUUAUGAGUAUUUUAGAAUGGCUCAAACAACAUUUUACGAUCUUUUGAUGGAGCUAGAAGAGAGGUUGAAAAAACAAGACACUUUUUGGAGGUUAUCAAUAACACCAAAACAACGUUUGGCUGUAUUUUUAAGGUAA